AUGGCGCCCAAGACGUCCUUCAUAGCCCUCGGGUGCGAAGGCUCCGCCAACAAGCUCGGCAUCGGCAUCAUCCAGCACACGCCCACGGGCACCACGAUCCUCGCCAACCUGCGGCACACGUUCGUGCCCCCCCCGGGACAGGGCUUCCUGCCCAAGGACACGGCGCACCACCACCGCGCGCACUUUGCCCGACUCGCCCGCGCGGCCCUCUCCGCCGCCGGCAUCACCCCCCACGACGUCGACUGCAUCUGCUUCACCCAGGGCCCCGGCAUGGGCGCGCCCCUGACCUCCGUCGCCGUCGGCGCCCGCGCCCUGUCGCUCCUCUGGCGCCGGCCCCUCGUCGGCGUCAACCACUGCGUCGGCCACAUCGAGAUGGGGCGGCACAUCACCGGCGCCGCCGACCCCGUCGUGCUCUACGUCUCCGGCGGCAACAGCCAGGUCAUCGCCUACGCGGAGCGGCGCUACCGCAUCUUCGGCGAGACGCUCGACAUCGCCGUCGGCAACUGCCUCGACCGCUUCGCCCGCACCCUCGCCAUCAGCAACGACCCGGCCCCCGGCUACAACAUUGAGCAGAUGGCCAAGCGCGGCCGCAGGCUGCUCGACCUGCCCUACACCGUCAAGGGCAUGGACUGCUCCUUCUCCGGCAUCCUGGCCAGCGUCGACGCCCUCGCCGCCCAGAUGAGGGCCGACGGGGACCGCGCCCAGUACACCCCCGAGGACCUGUGCUUCAGCCUGCAGGAGACCGUCUUUGCCAUGCUGGUCGAGAUUACCGAGCGCGCCAUGGCCCACGUCGGCAGCAGCCAGGUCCUCAUUGUCGGCGGCGUCGGCUGCAACGAGAGGCUGCAGGAGAUGAUGGGCCUGAUGGCGACGGAGAGGGGGGGCAGCGUCUACGCCACCGACGAGAGGUUUUGCAUCGACAACGGCAUCAUGAUUGCCCAGGCCGGCUUAUUGGCCUACAAGACGGGAUAUACAACGCCCCUGGAGGAGAGCAUCUGCACACAGAGGUUCCGGACCGACGAGGUCCAUGUCGAGUGGAGGGACUGA